AUGGGCGACGGCAAGGCCACCACGGCAGCUCUCGUCGCCUCCCUUGGGGCAUUUCUAUUCGGCCUCGACAUCGGCUACAUUGCUCCGAUUCUGGAAUGUGGCAGCUUCAAAAGGGAUGUGGGCCACUUGUCUGAUUGGUCGAACCCCGACUCGAAGAUCAGCGCAGUGCAAGCCGGCUUCAUCGUUUCUAUCUUUUCUGUCGGAUGCCUCGCGACAUCGUUUCCACCGAUCAGCAGCUUCUUCCUUGACCAGUUUGGCAGGAGGAGCUCGAUCAUCCUGGGAGGGGUCAUCUUCUUGCUGGGAUGCCUGCUGCAGUCAAGCAGCAAGUCUAUGGGGAUCUUCCUCUUCGGGCGGCUGGUCACGGGGACCUCCAUCGGCCUACUGAGCAACGUGGUGCCCAUGUACCAGGCCGAGAUGGCGCCGCCAGCUCUGCGCGGAACCCUGACCUCCAUGUACAACAUGAUGAUCACGGCAGGCAUCUUUAUCGCGGCCUUGCUGGAUGAGUUCCUGGUGGAGAAGGAAAACGGCUGGCGGAUGGCCAUUGCCUUGCAGGCCAUCCCAGCCUUCGUCAUUCUGCUCACCAUGCCCUUCCUGCCUCGCUCCCCGCGGUGGCUAGUGCAGCAGGACCGGCUCACAGAGGCCCGGGCGGCAUUGACCCUCCUGCGUGGGGCGCAGGCAGCGGAGCAGGAGCUCCAAGAAAUCGUCGAAGAGUUCAAGGCGGAGUGUGCUGUUGCUAGUGGCAGCUGGUCGGAGGUCUUCCGUGGACGAAUGCUGCUUCUGGUGGGCAUUGGGGCAUCGCUGCAGAUGCUGCAGCAGCUCGUUGGGAUGAACGCCUUCAUGUACUUCGGCCCUCGGAUCUUCAAGCACUUGAACCUCGACGCAAACCUUUUUCAGACGAUUUCCAAUGCCACCAACAUGCUUUUCACCUUGCCCUGCCUCUACUUCAUUGAGAAGACAGGGCGCCGCUCCCUGUUCAUCACUGGCGCUGCGGGGAUGGCGAUCUCCAACUUCGCCCUAGGCUUCCUCGGGAUGUACGGCACCACAGGCAGUGGGGAGAACAUCCAACCAGCUUCCCCGCUGGUGGGUGUUUUGCUGGCGGCCAUGGUCCUGUGCUUCAUCGCCAGCUUUGCAAGCACCUGGGGGCCGACGGUUUGGGUCUAUUGUGCGGAGAUGUUCCCCCUCCGUCAUCGGGCCCGGUGCGUCGGAGUGACGACGAUGACGAAUUGGGUGGGAAAUUUCCUCAUCGCGCAGUUUUCGCCGAUCUUGAUGUCCUCCAUCGAGUUUGAGACCUUUCUCCUCUUUGGUGGGUUCUGCAUCCUAGCUCUGAUUCUGGGCAUCUGGCUCCCGGAGACGAAGGGGGUACCGCUGGAGCAGAUCGGAGCCUGCUUUGACGAGCGCUUCGGCUUGCUCCAGGGCAAGUCAGACGCCGCAGAUUAUGGCGCUGUGACGAAGAGGCCCUGA